GUGGCUCAUCCCCCAGGGUUCUGCCUAAACGUCCCGGGGCAUUUGGCGGAAGCUUUCUAGGUCCCGACCCUGCGAACGCUGGACCAGCAGAGGGCGCCAGGUGGGCCGCGGCCCCAACCCCAGGGCGGCGUUAUGGCUGCCGCGCGGGUGCUGCUGCUCCUGUCCGGGCGCGCGGAGUCGCCGAGCUUCGCCCAGAGUGUGUGUGGCCUCCUGGGCGCCGGGCCAGGGCUCGGGCCGUGGCCCACGCACUGCGGCUUGAAGCGAGGACGACUCGUCCUCUCGGACGGGCCAUUCCCAGGCUCCUCGGCCAGGCUUCCGCUCCAGCGACCCCCUUUCUGCCCUUUUGCGGCCCUGGACCAGCAGCUCAGGACUCCGGGGGCCGAGCUGCCCAGCAACCGAGGUGUGGAUCUGGGUGUGGCCGUCCUUCUGCAGUCCAGCGACCAGUCUGUCUUGUUAACGCGCAGGACACGCACCCUCAGCGUUUCUCCCAACCUCUGGGUACCCCCAGGUGGGCACGUGGGACUUGAUGAAGAGCUGUUGGACGGAGGGCUGCGAGAGCUUCAGGAGGAGACUGGACUACAGCUGCCCCACGGCCAGUUCUCUUGGGUCCCUCUGGGGUUAUGGGAGUCUGCCUACCCUCCUAGGCUGAACUGGGGUCUCCCCAGAUACCAUCACAUCAUUCUCUAUCUACUCGUGAUCUCCUGGGAGUCACAGCAGCAGCUGCAGGCCCGAAUCCAACCAAACCCAAGUGAGGUGAGCGCCUUUAUGUGGCUGGGACCAGAGAUAGCAGCUGCCGUGGCUGCUGCAGAGGAUGGGACAGAGACACUCACACAUCUUCCCCGGGACCUACCACCCUCUGUCCUUACAGUGGAACUAGGGGAGGACGAAAGAGCUCGACCCCUGGCCUUGCCCACAUCCACGCUGCUGCGGACGACCCCGACCAAAGCAGAAGGCAACGAGAGGGUCAGCGCUGGGACCAAGUUUGCCCUCAGGCUCUGGCUGCAGCAUCUGGGCAGGUCCCCACCACCCACCCCCACCAGGGCCUGCAAGCAAGAACGGAACCUGGGUCCCCUUCCCCCACUUGCCCCAAACCAGGGAUCUGGAGAGUGAGGUGUGGAACUCCCUCCCCAACCCCCCUCCGAGACAUUCACAGAACAUUCACAACCUUUAUUGUGGAUAAGAAGUUUGCUACAACUUUGGGAAUAAAAAGUAAAAUUACAACGUAGGUCUUAAGCCCCAGAGGAGCCUGAAAAAGGAGAAUGGGGAGAGCAUGAAGUCCUCCCACCUCCCAGAAAAGGUGCAGAAUGAGCCAGACCUAACCCUGGGGCCACGGGCCUUUAGAAGCUCAUGGCCCAAGCUGGUCAGCAUAGGAAACACUGUGCACUUAAAUAUAUAAAUAGAGAGAGACCCAGGCAAUAGGCUAGGCCCUGCUCCCAAACCCCUGGGGAUCAGAGCUAAAGCCUCAUCUCCUCCGCAGUCACACUGGGAAGUAGGAAGCAGGGGAAGUCAUCUUUGGAGUAUUUUGGUUUUUCUUGUUUAUGUACAAAAAAAUCUGCAACCCAAAAUAGAGUUCUCUGUCCAUGUGUCGGCCUGUCUUAGCUUCUCCACUUGUCUGUCUGGCCGAAGAGAAUGGAAUGGACAUGAAGAGACCAUGGAUGUGGGGAAGGAACAGAACCAUAGGUUUGGGGAAGAGAGAGCUCUAGAGGACAAGAGAAAGGCCCCUGCCCUCCACCCCACCCCUAGGCUCUAGUGGAUUCAGCCCUUCCCCCAACUCACACCCCAUCACACACGUGCCUCCCGCUGCCUAGGUUAACAUACCCAAAGGAAUGUGCCAACCAUCUAAAGAACAUUUCCAAAAAUAGAACCCAAAUGUCCUUAAAAAGAGGUUAAAUAUUAACCCUUUGGGUGCUGGACUUGUCAGGCAGAGAUAAGGCCCAAAACAGGCAUCCAUGAAGGUCUUUCUGGCCUUUGGCCAAAGCCCCCUGAGGGGUUGGAGUGGCCAGGGGUCUGGACCCCACAGCACACUUGCUCAGUGAAGUUUCCAUAAUCCAAGGGACUCAGUCCAGGGAAAUGAUGUCUGACCGGCAUCCAGUCAAAGAGGGACCCGAGGACAGGGGUCCCGCAUGCCCCUCCCUCAAGGCCCCCCCAGGGGCCACAAUGCUACUGACGCGGCCAGGAGGGGGUGCUGGAGUGGUGCUGCGGUGAGAGCUCCCCAGUGUGGGGGCGAGUGGGCCCAAGAAGUGGGAAGGGGUCCCUCGGUACUGGAAGAAGUGGCCAAGGGCAUCCUGUUCGUCUAGCGAGGUGAUGACGGAGGGACCAUAGUGCUGGGAGGAAUCAAGGGCACAGUUUAAGAUUUUCUCCUGACUUCACCCGGCCUCCCAGUCACUCAUCUCAGAAAUAGCCGGGGAUAAUUCAAAUCCUCCGGAUCCCAAGGUACCCUCUGAGAAGCAGGAGAGAUUCUCUUUCUUUCCCCUGCUUCCCCAUACCCUGCCCGAUUCCCUGCCCUGAGACAGCCCCUCCAUCUUGCUAGGUUCUUGGCCUUGUGGGCGUCUGAAAUGUGUGGAAUGUCCGGCCAGGGCAGGCAUGGCGCUCAACUGCACGUGGGUGUCGGGGGGAGGUUGUGUGUGAAUAGUCAGGGGCAGGAUUCUAAAAACUCCGGAGACAGGACGGUAACAAGGGAUCGAAGAAGACAUGGGUGAGAAUCUGAAGAAGCACCAGUGGGGCCUGGGAGGGAAAUAAAGUGCCCACACCCUCCUUAGGCCCCCCAGCUCCCACCUUCCCUCACAGAGAGGCAGAUUUAGUUCUCAGGGGAAAGUGAGGGGGAGGGGACCCGUCAGUGCCUAGAUAGGAAGCUUCAGAGAUCUGAGAUCUUCAUGGGACAAGGGACCACUUACCUGACUCUCAGUCUGAAGGAAAGAAAAUAAAUCUAAACCUGGUAGGAAAAGAAAAAUCAAAAUCAGCCUCCUAUCUGACCCCUUCACGGCCCCCCCCCCCCCAAAAAAUCCUUUGGAUUGUAGCCCUUUGCAAGACAGCCAGAAGGCUUUGAAAAGGAGCAGGGGUUCUGAUCUGCUUCCAAGGGCACAUGGGGCAGGGCAGAGCCCACCCUGUGGUCAGUGUCCUACCUUGGAUAUCCGCCCCCAGUGGGAAGGCAGGUGGGUACUCAUGUAGUGGGAGACUGGACAGGAAGUCCCCGCCCAGUGUACCCACGGCAGGGCUCCGUAGCACUGAAGAUGGCUGGUGACCAGAUGUCAGGACUCUGUGAGGAGAGAGGAGGAGCUGGGCAGCCAGCGAACGACAGACGCCCUCACCCAGCUCAGCUUCCUGAGUCCCCUCUCUGCCCCAGGGUUUGUCCAGUGAUCAGAAAGCAUUUCUGACUUCUUUCUCUGCCCCUUCUGCUGCGGACUCAGCCUAUUUCCUCAUACCCUUUGCUUCCAGGUAGAGCCGGAAUGGCAGCCGAGGUGACAGGACAGUGCUUUUUGGUCGGGGGCAGGUCCUCCUCAUCUGAUGAGCUCUCUAUUGUCAAGUCGAUAACUUCAACCUUCUUCUUACUCUCUGAUGGAUUGCCCUCUUGGACUGGGCUGUACUGGAGGCCUGUGGGUGGUAAGAGGACUGUGUCUCAGAGAAGAGGCCAUCCAAGACUCAGUUCGGCUGGGGGACAGGGGGUCACUCACCAUCCAGCCCAUACCCUGGCGGGGGGCAAACCUCAGAUGCCUCCUUCUUGGGUUUCAUUGGGCACCAGGAUCCAUCUUCCAUGAACUGUAUCUCAUCACAAUCCGAACAGGAAUUAAGUAUCUCCAUGAAUAAGCUGGGGGAAAGGGGAGAUACGGGAAUUCAUGAGGCUGGGAGAUAGCUGGGAACAGUAGCCAGGGAGUUCUGGGACUCACCUUCCUGAACCUCAAUUUCCUCAUCUGUGAAACAGGGAUAUUAUUCACCCCUACUCACCUCUCUUGAGUUGUCAGAAUCAAGUAAAGUAUGUAAAAGAGCUUUGCAAACUUCAAAUGCUACGUUUUCAAAAAAAAAAAAAAAAUACAUUCUAAGCAUGUGUUUCACAUAGUACUUGUGACAAGACAAAGGAGCAGAGAUAUAGAACUUCAUAAGUCUUCUCGAUGAGGGCCAUAAUUUAGGCUCUGGAAGGGGGUUAGGACUAGCUAGAUCUGCACAUCCAAAUCUUCAAAAGAACGUUUUGCCACGCUCAGUGAGAGGUCAGGUAGUUGUUAUAGGUGUUAUAUUGUAACAGUUCAAUACAUUGACGCCGCCACUUACUAACAAUUAUAACUUUGAGCAAGAUAAUCUCUCUAGGCCCCAGCUUUUUCACCUGUAAUGACAAUAUCCAUCUCACAGGGUUAAUUAUGAGGAUUCAAUGAGAUGAGAUAUGCAAUGUGCUCAGCAUGAUACCUCAUGCAAUAAAUCCUCAGUGGUGGAAAUAUACACAGUCGACCCUGAACAAAACGGGAGUUAAAAGCACUCACACGCAAUCAAAAAUCCAUGGACAUGACCUCACACACAAUCAAAAUUCCAU